ACAGGCACUCCCGCUAAUUGUUUCUGGGUCUAUCCUCCUCACCCCUCUUCCCUCCCAUGCAAUUAUUUUUAGUAUUCUAAUAAACAAAUUCAAUCCUCUCUUGCUUCUUUAUCUUUCCCAUUCUAUUGGAUCAGAUAACGAUGCACGCGCACCCUCCAGGCUCAAACCUAGUCAGCAUCCUCACCAACCAGCCCAUCAGCCAUAAGCUAACCCAUUCCAUCGCACGCUUCAAAUUCGCAACCGACCUAGUCUUCACUCCUCAUCCAAACACGUGUGCAUCACUCACUCCCUUCCUUAUUCAAUCAUUUCAAUUUAUCGCCCCCGAAUAUUCCUCUCCCUCUCCUAAUUCAUGGCCAUGUCACAAAUACUCCUAGUAAGUUCCAAUAACCACAUUCCUUCUUCUUCUCCUAAUGAUUCAAAAUCUCACCGACGAUAUCGCGUCCAAUUUCUCGCGUCUUUUUACACCAACGUUAUCUCUUGAUUACUCAUUUAGAACAUGUCAUAGUACAACAAUCACAGAAAAAUUUGAGUUCCUUCCGGUUCUUAUGGGGCACCUAUAAAUAAACUUCCCCCAAAACCUCUUCCACUUCAAUUCAUCAACAAAACGACACAAUUUUUUUCUCCUCUCUCUCUAAAUUCAAUUAUGGCGUUUAAGAAAACGCUAGCCCAGCGGCUUCUCAACAUCACAAAAAUCUCCAAUUACCGCAUUUCCUCCUCCGUAGUCCGUUCCCCGAACCCGACAAAACCUGACAUUGCUCCGGAUCCCGGAGACAGCCGCAGGUUCCUCCACAAGAGGGCCUCCGUGCUCCCGCCGGAGCUCCGCCCGCCGCUGCCCGCCGGCAGCCUCCUCCAGAGGCUCCGGGAAAUGGACAUUGCGCGGAGCCGGAUCCGGCUAGACGGUCUCGCUCCGCCGGAGACUGAACAAACGGUGGCGCCGGAACACGUGAGGAAGGUGCUCAGAGCGGUGCAAAUCGAAACGGUGAAAUCGAAGCUGAGAAAAAUUCCGCAGAGUUGCAUAAGCUAUUCAGAGUUCAUUCGAAUGUGCAGUGAGAAUUGCUCUGAUCAAGAGCAAGCAAUGAGCGUUGCGAAGAUGCUCGACGAGUCAGCAUCGGUUAUUAUCAUCGGAGACGUCGUGUUCCUCAGACCCGAACAGGAAAAUGAAAGUUUGUUGUUUGCAAACGUGAAAAGGAUUGAUUCUCUACGUUUGAGAUGGUAGCACAAACCAUCCAAUCUCUACUCCCUGUGCCAGAACCCAAGAUGCACGAAUCAGUAAGAAAAGAACUCGAAGAAUUGGAGAAAGAGAAAGCAACAAUUGACAACAAAGCAAACACAAUGGUUCGACGUGAGCUUUGGGCCGGGUUGGGCUUCCUAGUGGUGCAAACAGCAGCAUUCAUGAGGCUAACAUUUUGGGAACUUUCUUGGGACGUGAUGGAACCAAUUUGCUUCUACGUGACCUCAAUGUACUUCAUGGCUGGCUACACCUUCUUCCUUAGGACCUCGAAAGAGCCUUGCUUUGAAGGGUUCUACCAAAGCCGUUUCAGCAGCAAGCAGAAAAGCCUAAUGAAACUUCACAAUUUUGACAUUCAAAGGUAUAAUGAACUCAGGGCUAAGGCACCACCCUCUUCAUCCAUUAUUGGUCACAAAAAAUUGUAGUAAUUAUAGAAUACUAUAAUUGCACAAAUAUCACCCACCAAAUUAUUGGGAACCAUCAUCCACCUUUUUUUUCUGAUAUCAUACUCAUCACGGAAAUCCGUAGAGAGAGAAAAAAUCAUACAAAAGAGAGGCAAAAAAAAAAAAACUUUAUGAUUAAGGUGAGUGUUAGCAUUAGACGCGGCUUGGUGUAUAAUAUAUGCAGAGUGAUAAUUUAAUUUUUCUUUACCCCCUUGAUUUCACCCUUUUGAAACAA